CCUUUGACUGGCUAGGCUCCCUGCCCUUAGUUAGCUUGGUAUAUUAAGCUGAUUGCAUUAUCGGAUCAGAUUUAAACUGCGGUCCAACAAUAUAGUCAAGUACACAUAGUUUAUGCUAUUUUCUGCAAACAUUGACUUUCAAUGUAGUUAGCUAAUAAGAUAAGCUAACAUCAACGGAGCUUUUGUUAUUUUGACAGAUCCUGGAUUUCUUGUAAGGAUCGAAAGAGACGGUUUCUGAAAUGUCUUCAGACGAAGACAGGGCCAAGGAGAUUUUAAGGGGCUUCAAACUAAACUGGAUGAACCUUCGAGAUGCAGAGACGGGUAAAGUCCUUUGGCAGGGCACUGAGGACCUCUCGGUACCUGGUGUAGAACACGAAGCCCGCGUCCCGAAGAAGAUCCUGAAGUGUAAAGCGGUGUCUAGAGAAUUGAACUUUUCCUCAUCAGAGAAACUGGAGAAGUUCCGACUGGAGCAAAAAGUUUUCUUCAAAGGACAGUGUCUAGAAGAAUGGUUCUUUGAGUUUGGUUUCGUUAUCCCAAACUCCACCAACACAUGGCAGUCUCUGAUAGAAGCCGCCCCAGAGUCCCAAAUGAUGCCCGCCAAUGUUUUAACUGGUAACGUGAUCAUAGAGACCAAGUUCUUCGAUGAUGACCUCCAUGUCAGUACCUCCAGGGUACGACUUUUCUACGUCUGACCUCUGACCCCUUUUUACCUUCCAAAAUGCUGACAUCCUUCCUAGGUCUUUAAAUUACAACGGUUAAAUACAAUUUUCAAAGGUAACCGCUCACUGCUGAUUUGAGAUCCGCACAUGGUGGUCCUCUGGUCUGCCAGUUGAGUGUUGUGUUUGGUUCUUCUCUUGUUUUGUUUUUGACCUGACCUUGGGGGGGAAAGAAAUAGGAGAAGAUGUUACUAUUCUCUUCCUUUGAUCAAGAUCAUCUCUCUCUACGAUAUCCCCUCCAUACUGUUCCACUGAUUUGAAGUUAGCCACUCUGACAUCACAUGAUUUGUGCUUUUUUUAAAUUUUUAUUCUGCCCUCUUGCACUCCAAGGUUGUAUUUACUCAGGAACAGAACAGUAGACUUGUGAGCCGUCAGAUCUUCUUUACUCUGAACAUAGAAACACUGCUCUAUAUGUGACGUCAGUGUGGAGGGCGAUGAAGCUCAUUGUGUAAUCAAAAGGUCUUCUUCUAGCUGUGUCUCAUUACAGAGAUGACCUCUGACACUUUAUUUAUGAUCAACACGGUCCCCUGUAGUAAACAUUUAUCGUCUAUUAGGAGAAACAUGGAAGUUUAAAGGGAUGAAUUCUGACGACUGCCUGAAUGUGGUCUCUGUGAGGCCAAGUAUUGGAUCUGCUGAUGUGGCAUUUGUCUUGUGUAGGACAGCUUUGCAGACGGCCUCUGGAGUGGGACACAGCUUACAGCAGCUAAAGCUUUCCUAAACGAGUAUAGGACAUUGUUAUUUUAUCCACGCAGAACAGGAAUGAAAACCUGCUCACUGUUGUCAUGACGAUACAUUUUCAAAGCAGUGUGAUGGAGGGACAAUCAUCAGUUAACAGGACGUGGAUAGAGAUAAUGGUGUAGGUGGUAUCAUUUAUUCUCAGUAGUUCACCUGUUGUCCGUUUCAUUCCAACUACACAGACGUUAACAGCUUCUUAAGGUGUUGAACUAGUUCUGCUUUGUACAUCCUGCUUAGGUUUUCAACUUUGACUUCCCAUCCCGUUCACUGCAUUCAUGUGGUUUGUUUUUUUCUUAGCAGCUACCUGGGCUGUGUAAAAUAGGCUUGUGUUUUAAUAUGACAGAAGUUGUGAAUUAAAGUCUUUGAGUGUUGUGAUAAAAU